CCCGAGGUCAGGGCGGCCCCUGAGCAGCGAUGCCCAAACCCAGUGAUACUCUGUGGGAUAUUGCUAAAGCUGAAGUGGAGAAAAAAGAAAAUCUUGAAGGCAAUGGAGAUGGAGUGGAAGUUUGGGAAAAAUCACUACUCUUUAUGGGAAACAAAAAUGGGGGAAAGACUACUAUUAUACUGAGGUGUCUUGACAGGGAUGAAAUUCCAAAACCAACAUUAGCCUUGGAAUAUACUUUUGGAAGAAGAGCAAAAGGUCAUAACAGACCAAAAGACAUUGCACAUUUUUGGGAACUAGGUGGUGGAACCUCAUUAUUGGACUUGAUUCGUAUACCAAUAACUAAUGACAACAUAAGGACUUUUGCUAUAAUUCUUGUUUUGGACCUUUCCAAACCUAAUGAACUGUGGCCAACCAUGGACAGUCUCCUACAGGUCACCAGGAACCACGUGGAUAAAAUUAUAACUAAACUGGGAAAAACAAAUCCUAAAGUAGCUACUGAAAUUAAACAGAGAAUGUGGAACAAUAUGCCGAAGGAUCACCCAGAUCAUGAAUUAAUUGACCCUUUUCCAAUCCCUCUGGUGAUAAUUGGAAGCAAAUAUGAUAUUUUUCACGAGUUUGACUCUGAGAUGAGGAAAAUAAUGUGCAAGACACUUAGAUUUGUUUCGCAUUAUUACGGAGCAUCACUAGUGUUUACCAGCAAAUCUGAGGCCCUCCUGCUGAAAGCCCGUGUUCUUAUUAAUCAUUUGGCAUUUGGCUUUGACAGAAGCAAAUCCAUAUCAGUGGAUCAGAAUAAACCAUUGUUUAUCCCAGCAGGAUUGGAUUCUCUAAAUCAAAUAGGACCACCACCUGCCUCUGACAGUGAUAUUGGAAAACUGCAUGCACAUACACCUGUGGAUUUGUGGAAAAAAAUAUAUGAGAAAACAUUUCCACCUAAGAGUACUAGGGACUUAAAAGAUGUCAAUGACCCUGCCCAGGAUCCACAGUAUGCUGAGUAUGAAGUUGAUGCAAUGCGAACUCAGAAGAAUCAGGAACUAGAACAAUAUAAGAGAAAUGCCUCUAAAUCCUGGAAAGAAAUGGAGUUUGAAUCUUGAUUGAGAUAAGUGCUUAGCUCUCACACUGAUUUUAAUUUUAUGUUUUGUACAUGUUAAGAUCAAUCAUCAUUUUUGAGUAUUAUACAAAGUAAUUGAAACUGGUGUUUUAUACAAUUGGAAAAAUAUGUAAUACCAAAUAACAAAUAUACAAUAAAUAAACAGUUAAUAUAUCAUGAUUGCAUCUAUUAUUAAAUUAUAAAAAAAACUUGUUAUAAAUUAAUAGUUAAAUUCAUGUACUAUCAUGUGAACUGAAAAUAUUUUCUGGUGAGAAAAUGAACCUGGAUCAUCAAACUUAAGUAGAUUUUGGAAAAUUUAAAAAAGAUUAUUCCCAUGGAUGGGUUUAAAUAUGAGGAAUGGGACUCUUAAGGCCAUAUGUUUUGUUGGUUUUUUUAAGUUCCUACAUAAAAUAUGCAUUUAAGGGCACAAACAGGUUAUUGCAAGCCCAGAGCUGUACCUGUGUACACAAAAUAUAAUGUGUAUAAAAUCAGAUGUUUCCCAGUUUGCAGAUACAUAUUUUAGGUAUUAAGUUACCCAUUAAUUGAUAAGUGCUAUAAGAGAGAGACUUUCAUACAAGCUGCCUGAUAUAAUGUAGUUAAAACCAGGUUCUGUUAAUCUUGUAUAGGAGAACAUUCCCAAAGACUAUACCCAUUCUGCAUAGAACUAUGUUAUGGCUCCUGCUCACCAAUAAAAUUGAGUACUGUUAUGAUUUCUGGACAAUGAGAACCAUUCUGCUACCCAUCCUGGAAGUGAUAGUUUGUUAUGGUUUGUCAAAUUUAAUGCUCUAAUUUAAUAAAGGUGUUAACUAUCAGUAAAUAUAAGUCCCCACCUCUCCAUACACAGAUUGUGGGAUAUUUGUGUGCAUUAAUAAAAGGAAAUUUAGAUUAAUGGUAGGAAAGUAUUCCUAAUGUUCAAUAUCAUAGUCUUCUAGUGCAAUUUGAAAAGAUGGAAACGUCAUUGAUGGAGACAGUACAACUUAACAUAAACCAGUAAAGCUCAGCCUUUUGUCCAUCAGCAGGAUGAAAUAUUUGAGAACCAAGCAAUAGAGGAUUGAGGUACUGAGACAAGAGGUGGCCCAUGAGAGGUAUGUCAUCUUACCACAAAAAUGAACAGUUGAACAACCACUGGGCUGGAGCACAUAAGAAAAUUUCUUGGUGAACUAUGCUGAACUGGAAAGGGGCUGGGCAGGAUGAUCUAACAUGAAUUUUUCAUUCUCGGAAUGUUAUAGUUUAUUAUAUGUUACAUAUUUGGUCACAGGUGCUGAGCAAUUUCACAAUUUCUGAGCUUAAAUUUAUAUACAGAUUCACAGACAUUCACUUUACUUCACACUCGACUGUGCAAAUUUUAUAGUAUCUUAGUUCCACCCUUUGCAUUAAUAACUUGAAGACCGAAGUGAAGUCCUAUCACACAACUGAGUUACCAUGUCUAUUACAUUAUGCUUUGAUAUUUUAACAUUAUUUAUUGAGGGGGGGUGAAAGGUGAGGUGCAGCUGUUAGAGGAAAUAUUGCUGUGCCCCUUGGUCAUCAAGCUUGCAAGAAUAAUCCCUAACAAAGCAAAUAACAUUUGUUCCCG